ACAUUCUGUGGUCUUGGCCUAUCAGAGAGGACCUUGAAGAUUCUUAGAGGUUCUACUUUGUGGCACUCCCAAGAUAAGUAUGGUCCUCUAACACUCAAGUCAUCUCUGUCCAGCUGCCUUUUAAGAUGCCAAGAUGACUGAGGAUUCUCUUCCAACAGAUAUUUUGGCUCACAUGAUAGCCAUUAACAACGUGCCUCCUCCUCCUCUUCGCAGUAUACCACGCCUGAAAGUGCGCAAAACCAUUAAUUAUGGUCAGUUAAAUGCCUUAUGCCACAUUAGAGGACUAGAGAGCAGGCGGAAUUCUUCCCUUUAUUUGGCAGCUCAUGAUACAUUCAUCAAGCAAUAUCCUCAGAUAUUCCUCCAUGAAAAAACAGUAUUGCCUAAAGUUCCUCAACCGGUUGAAAAAAGAAAAUCUGAUCUACAGAUAGACCAGAAGAUAUCCCAACCUGUUAAAUCACACAAUAUAUCUCUGUAUCUCAGUGAAGCGCGUGGUGGUCCUUGUAUUAAUGAAGGCGAACUCUCUGAAUCAAAGUUCCAGAAGUUCUUAGAUAUCUUAAAGAAGCUGGUUUCUCUGAGUAGCCCUGGUUGUCUGGGAACUUGCUCUGUAGACCAUGCUGACCUCAAACUCAGGCCAGUAUACAGAACAAUCCAUGAACAUAACUUUGUGUGGAAGAUGUUGAAGAAUAUUCCAGCUUUAACCUCUCAACUUAGAAGUGAGCAUCUAAAAAUCCUGAGUAAGAAAGUCAUGUCUGAAACCUGGAUCAAAGGUAGCACAGUGAUUGGUGAUGAUGGACUUUAUAUCAUGCUGACAGGCCAUGCUCGACGUCGUGUAAAGGUGUUCAGAAGUCUGAUUGAAGAAGAGGACUCAAUCGUCUCUUCUAUCUCCAGAGAAAGUUUUCUUUUUGACGUAGACUUAAAAGAUUCUACAGUGGUUGAGUUUUAUGUACCUUCAAAGAAAUUAACAGUGAAAAAGUGGGGUGUCUUUGGAUCGCUGGAAGUUCGACCUGACAUGGAUGAAUGUGAACGUUCAAUUGUGACAGACGACGACUGUGAAAUCCUGAAAAUACCUACAAAGGAGUAUGAGAAGUUAAAAUUGGAAAAAGUAAAACGUGAAAAUGCACAAAAGUUGAAAUUAAUUCGCAAGUGUCCGUUUUAUGAAAUUUGGCCUACCUUAUCCAUAUAUGAACUAGUUUCACUUAGUACAUUCAAAAUUUUUCCUCCAGGUCAUGUGUUAGUAGAAAGUGGAGAUAUCAUUUCAUUUGUGGGUUUUAUCAAUUCUGGAUAUUGUAACAUUUACAGAAAUAUUGUUGGACUCGUGGAUCUAUCACUUAAAGUGAAGAAAAUUAAAAAACUUGUUUAUAUGGGUAAACUUAAGGAGAGGGAGUCCUUCGGUGAGAUCAGUAUUCUUCUUCAAUCUCCCUUUACAUGCACAAUUAUUACUGGACGGGAAGUUGAGAUGGCAAUUAUUGAAGAUAAGGAUAUACUCGCACUGGAUCCAAUAACCAAGGAACUUAUGAUUCAAACAGCAAAACCAACUUUUGGGCAUCUGACAGAAGAAGACGUAAAAAAUGAAUAUAUAAAAAAAGUACAAGAAAAAGAAUGGAAAUAUUUCAAGAAUAAGACGAUUCAAGGAAUCUUUCAAAGUAAAGGAGUUCUUCCUGGCUUUGGAAAAUGGGAACACGAUUGGUCAACGAUCCCCAAGAACUUUAAGAGCAGUCUUAUCACUUAUACAUGAUACAAGUCUCUUUAUAUCCAGUGCUUCCAUCUUUAAUAUUCAAUUGCUUUUUGGCCAUUUUACUUUAUUUAUUUUUUGAAUAGCUCUAAAUAGUUAUAUAUAAAACUAUAUCUAUUUUAUUUUCUACAACAGAUAGCAAUAGCCCUUCUAAUACUUUACUAUGUAUCACCUCUCAGUAUAUUUGCUUUGUAUAGCUAAAUGAUUUUUAUAUUGUCAUAGGUUUUUCAUUGUGAGAUAGUAUAUUAUAAAUGAAAAUAAGUGGUAUCUUUUAUAGCAAUGAUUGUAAAGGGCUCCAAAGCUUUAAGUAAAAUACUUUCCUACAUGGAAACACUAAGUAGAGAUAUUUAAAUAAAAUACCACAUUUUAUUUCCUUGUACAGCAUAUGACAAUAAAAACAUUUUCCAUUAAA